GUCGGGCGGCCGGGUAGCGCGAGGUCCUAGACCCAGGACGACGCUGAGCCAGGCGUCCAGCUUCUGUGGCUGAGUUUCCCCAGCUCUGAGAGUCUUGCCCCGAGGGGUCGGCGACCUCAAUCUGACAGUCGUGAUUUUGAGCUUGACAAGCAAGGGGAUUCCCCGCUCUGAGCCUCAGUUUUUCUAAGAAAUGGGGAUCACGAUAGUACUUAGCUCAUAGUACACCUGAAUCUUAGCGUAAGGUAAUCUACGUAAAGUCUUAAGCGGAGAAUAAUUUUGCGUUAUUUUUAAAAGUGUAAAUUGUACACACCUAUAGACCCUGCAAGCUCCGUUCUAGGACUCUGUCCUGCAGAAAUACUCAUUUAAGUGUGCAAAACGAGGCGUACUGGGUGUUUUCUGCAGCCUUGUUUAUAAUUGUGACACAUUGGAAACAGCCUAAACGUCCAGCAAAGAGUUCUUUCUGCUCCAUGAUUUCAUGUAAAUUUCUAACUUUAAUAGUAGUAGUUGUAAAAGCUGAAACGAAGAACAGAGCCAGUAAUAAGUAGCUCUCAGUAAUUGAAUGAUUAGUAGGUGCCAGACACCGCCAAGUGUUUCCCUUGCGUUAAUUUAACCUUCCUAACAUCCACCGAGGUAGGUACGGUUAUUUUCUCUCCAUAUAACGUGUGGGGAAACCGAGGUUCAUAGCCAUUUAAGUGAGUUAACUAAGAUGAUGACAUCACUGGGGAGUGGAAGAGCUGGCAUUUGAACCCAGAUCUGUUGGAUGUGUCCAGUUGACUCCUGCAUUGCCUUUCUGGAUUCCCAGGAGCCAUGUUGUCAGAAGUCCUACUGGUGUCUGCUCCGGGGAAAGUCAUCCUUCACGGAGAACAUGCCGUGGUACAUGGCAAGGUAGCACUGGCUGUAUCCUUGAACUUGAGAACAUUCCUCCGGCUUCAACCCCACAGCAAUGGGAAAGUGGACCUCAGCUUACCCAACAUUGGUAUCAAGCGGGCCUGGGAUGUGGCCAGGCUUCAGUCACUGGACACAAGCUUUCUGGAGCAAGGUGAUGUCACAACACCCACCUCAGAACAAGUGGAGAAACUAAAGGAGGUUGCAGGCUUGCCUGACGACUGUGCUGUCACCGAGCGCCUGGCUGUGCUGGCCUUUCUUUACUUAUACCUGUCCAUCUGCCGGAAGCAGAGGGCCCUGCCGAGCCUGGAUAUCGUAGUGUGGUCGGAGCUGCCCCCCGGGGCGGGCUUGGGCUCCAGCGCUGCCUACUCGGUGUGUCUGGCAGCAGCCCUCCUGACUGCGUGCGAGGAGAUUGCAAACCCGCUGAAGGAUGGGGAUUGCGUCAACAGGUGGCCCAAGGAGGAUUUGGAGCUAAUUAACAAGUGGGCCUUCCAAGGGGAGAGAAUGAUUCACGGGAACCCCUCCGGAGUGGACAAUGCUGUCAGCACGUGGGGAGGAGCCCUCCGAUACCAUCAAGGGAAGAUUUCAUCCUUAAAGAGGUCGCCAGCUCUCCAGAUCCUGCUGACCAACACCAAAGUCCCUCGCAAUACCAGGGCCCUUGUGGCUGGCGUCAGAAACAGGCUGCUCAAGUUCCCAGAGAUCGUGGCCCCUCUCCUGACCUCAAUAGAUGCCAUCUCCCUGGAGUGUGAGCGCGUGCUGGGAGAGAUGGGGGAAGCCCCAGCCCCGGAGCAGUACGUCGUGCUGGAAGAGCUCAUUGACAUGAACCAGCACCAUCUGAAUGCCCUCGGCGUGGGCCACGCCUCUCUGGACCAGCUCUGCCAGGUGACCAGGGCCCGCGGACUUCACAGCAAGCUGACUGGCGCAGGCGGUGGUGGCUGUGGCAUCACACUCCUCAAGCCAGGGCUGGAGCAGCCAGAAGUGGAGGCCACGAAGCAGGCCCUGACCAGCUGUGGCUUUGACUGCUUGGAAACCAGCAUCGGUGCCCCCGGCGUCUCCAUCCACUCAGCCACCUCCCUGGACAGCCGAGUCCAGCAAGCCCUGGAUGGCCUCUGAGAGGAGCCCACGACACUGCAGCCCCACCCAGAUGCCCCUUUCUGGAUUAUUCUGGGGGCUGCAGUUCGACUCUGUGCUGGCCAGCGAGCGCCCAGCUCCUGACACUGCUGGAGAGGCCCCAGCCGCUUGGCGAUGCCAGCCGAGCUCUGCAGUCCCAGCGGUGGGACCUAGGGAGGCAUGGUCUGCCCUCUGCAUCCUCUGGAGCCAGCCGAGCAGGAGGCCCAGGAGGGUCGUCUGAGACUCCAGACCUGAGGCGAGAAGGGCUGCUUCCCUGAAGCUCCCACAGUCCCAUCUGCUUCAGGCCCCCGCCUUGGCCUGUGUUCUUCCUGGCCGCCUGGGUCUGAUGCUCAGAUGCUAGGGCCUGGUUCCCGGAGAAGUGUGCCUUCUCUCUCCCUUUUCAGGGACCGCCCCCUGUCUCUCAGGGCCAGGCCUCUCCCUCCUCCUCCAGGAAGGCUUCCCCUACCCCUUGUCGCCCCUCCCUCCCAGAGCACCUGCUGUCUGGGUGGCUCACUCAGCACUUGGUGUGGCCUUCCCUUCUACCUAGCGGGAUGGGGCUCCCCUAGGGGCUGUCCCGGAGGUGGUGGGCCUGGUUAAAUAAGGCAGGGUUUAUGUGCACUUUCUUCCAAUCUGUACCUGAGAGGUUUGUGGAAAAGAUGGCAAAUGGGGAAUAAAAAGAUUUUGUGUCAACAGUA